AUCUGGGGAGCCGGGGAGACGUGGUCAGCGUGAAGAAAUCCGUGGGUCGUAACAAGCUCCUGCCCCAGGGGCUGGCUGUCUAUGCGUCGCCGGAGAACAAAAAGAUGUUUGAGGAGGAGAAGAAGCUGCGCCAAGAAGGGAAGCUGGAGGUGCUCCAAACCCAGAGCGGGGAGAAGACCAUCAAGUUCCUCAAGAGCUGCCGCCUCGAGGUGGGCAUGAAAAACAACGUCAAGUGGGAGCUGAACAACGAAAUCGUGGCUCGCCACUUCCUCAAAAAC